CGCGAGUCCUCCUCCCCGUGUCUUCCUCCUCCGCCGCCCUUGCGCCGCCCUGCCCAUGCUGUGGCUGUGCGCGGGCACGGUUCGCAGGUCCAUUAGGCCACUGCUUGUGUUGAGGAUGACAUUAGGAACAGAAAUUACUAGCCAGCUUAAGGCUUCUUCAUACAUAGCAUCAGGCCGAAACCUUUGGAGAUGGGACCUGUCACCAGAGGAAAUUAGAAUAAGAACAGAAGAACUGAUCAGGAAGACAAAGCACGUCUACGACAGAGUCGGGAUGCUUGAUACUGAAGAAGUAACGCAUGAAAAUACUGUACGGACUUUGGCAGAUAUAGAAGUGGAAUAUGCAGUGGAAAGAAGCAUGUUGGAUUUUCCCCAGCACGUUUCACCUGACAAAGAGGUACGCUUAGCAAGUACAGAAGCUGACAAAAAGCUUUCUAAUUUCGAUGUGGAGAUGAGCAUGAGAGAAGAUGUGUUUCAGAAGAUUGUUUAUUUACAGCAAAACUGCAAUCUUGAAAAUGCAAAGCCUGAAACAAAGCGAUAUCUAGAGAAAUCGGUCCAAGUGGGAAAAAGAAAUGGACUCCAUCUUCCUAAAGAAGUGCAGAAUGAAAUAAAGGCAAUGAAGAAAAAAUUGAAUGAGCUGUGUAUAGACUUUAACAAAAACCUGAAUGAGGAGAACACAUUUCUUGUAUUUUCUAAGGAAGAACUUGAUGGCCUUCCUGAUGACUUUAUUAAUGGCUUAGAGAAGACUGAGGAAGACAAAUAUAAAGUAACCUUGAAGUAUCCCCACUAUUUUCCUGUUAUGAAGAAGUGUUGCAUUUCAGAAACAAGGAGAAAAAUGGAAUCUGCCUUUAACUCGAGAUGCAAAGAGGAGAACACAAAAAUUCUUCAGCAAUUGCUUCCACUAAGGGCAAAAGUAGCAGAGCUUCUUGGUUAUAAUACACAUGCCAACUUUGUCCUGGAGGUAAACACUGCAAAGAGCACAGAUAAUGUAACAACCUUCUUAGAUGAUUUGAGUAAGAAGCUAAAGCCACUGGUUGAAGAAGAAAGAGAAUUCAUUCUAGGUUUGAAGAAAGAGGAGUGUAAAGAAAGAAACUUUGAUUAUGAUGGAAGAAUCAAUGCAUGGGAUCUUCAUUAUUAUAUGAACAAAACUGAAGAACUCAAGUACUCUAUAGAUCAAGAAAAACUGAAGGAAUACUUCCCAAUUGAGGCUGUUACAGAAGGCUUACUGAAUAUUUACCAGAACCUGCUGGGACUUGUAUUUGAGCAAGUAGAAAGUGCUCAUGUUUGGCAUGACAGUGUUACUCUUUAUGCAGUAAAGGAUAAAUCAACAGGAGAAAUGUUAGGGCAGUUCUAUUUGGAUCUUUACCCCAGAGAGGGAAAGUAUGGGCAUGCAGCGUGCUUUGGUCUACAGCCUGGCUGUCUCCUUUCUGAUGGUAGCAGAUUGAUGUCUGUAGCUGCUCUGGUAACCAACUUCACAAAACCGUCAUUGGAUCGUCCAUCAUUACUGCGACACGAUGAAGUAAAGACUUACUUCCAUGAAUUUGGUCACGUGAUGCAUCAGAUAUGUGCACAGACUGAUUUUGCUAGAUUUAGUGGAACUAAUGUGGAAACAGAUUUUGUAGAGGUACCUUCACAAGUGUUUGAGAACUGGGUGUGGGAAAAAGAGCCACUACAGCAAAUGUCAAGACAUUAUAAAGAUGAGACCUAUGUUGGAGACACUCUCCUUGAGAAACUUGCUGCCUCUAGAUUGGCUAAUACAGGCUUUUUAACCCUCCGUCAGAUUGUUUUGAGCAAAGUUGACCAGGCACUGCAUACAAAGAUAUCUGUUGACCCAGCAGAUGAAUAUGCUAAAUACUGUAUGGAGAUUCUAGGAAUUCCUGCCACUCCAGGAACAAACAUGCCAGCUACUUUUGGACAUCUGGCAGGUGGUUAUGAUGGUCAGUACUACGGAUACCUGUGGAGUGAAGUGUUUUCCAUGGAUAUCUUUUAUAGCUGCUUUAAACAAGAAGGAAUAAUGAAUCCAAAGGCUGGGAUGAAAUACAGAAACCUCAUUCUGAAACCUGGAGGAUCUUUGGAUGGAAUGGUUAUGCUGCAAAAUUUCUUGGAGCGUAAACCAAACCAGAGAGCUUUCUUAUUGAGCGAAAGAACAUGAGACUAUGCACCAGGUUGUUACUUGACUUCUUCCUGACAUCUGAAUAUUAAUUUUUCAUUUCACUAGUAUUCAUUAAUAUAUUUAAAUAAUAGUUUAUCAUAGUGGAAGAAAGAAAGUUACGGGGGAAGUUCAUUUUGUGGGGCCUGUGAAGGAAAUCCUGUAGAGCUAAUCAUCACUGGCCUUUGUAAAAGUGCAGUUGAUACAAAGAUGUGGUUCCAAACAGCAGUCAAUCUAUUUUAGACCUAAUUAGGAUAAAGACAAAUUAAGUAAAUGAAUUGGAAGUUAGCUGUUGCCUAGAAACCAAGAACCAUGACCUAAUUUUGUUCAGUAUUGAUUAGCAGAGGAUAGACUUGACCAAUACUUGCUUGUGCUAUACUCCUGAUGAAUUAAAAAGGUUAAAAAUUUCACUGUUAAGAAAACCAAUGAGUAAAAUCACUGGAAAAAAAUGUGAAUGAGAAGUGAUAUGUCUUUGAAAUUCAAUUGGCCCAAAUCCCACAAUUUCACAACUUAAAAAUAUUUGUGGACAAUUCUUACUAAGAAGAACCAAUCUGUUCACCAGUAAAAACAGCAAUUAAAAAUAAAACAGAAGUGAGAAGUAGGAGUAGGAAAUAGUUAUAAAUGAGGAAUUGUAAAGUGAGAAAAAUUAUAAAGAAGGCUAAGACUGUCAAUGAAAAGAAGCACAGAUGAAAGUAUUACAGCAAAUAAUUUGUAUAACUCAGUGUAUUAAGAACAAAUAAAUCCCAUUUGUGUUAGAGAGCCUUCAGUGAAUGAAUAUGCUAAUAUUGCAAAUGAUAACAAAGAGAAUUUUUAAUUUGCUUUCUCUUCUGCAUUUACAAAGAAGGAAUGUGAUAUAUCAUGUGAGAACAGUGGGGUACUUUCCAGUCCAUUAAAAGAGGAGUAUAUUGAGCAAUACCUACUAAGAAAAAAACAUUUUGGCCUGAAUAGGGUUGAGUAACUUGUACUUUACAAACAAACAAAAAUUAGUAUUGAGGGAUUUUUUCCCAGUGCUGGUUAUCUUGGGCUAACUGGGCGUAUGCCAUUAUACUAGACCAGUGCUCAUGAGUUCUACAAAAAACAAAUUGUUACUAUUGGUCACAUAGCUUGAAAUCCAACUUCAGCAAAACAGUGGGAAAGCAUAAAUAUGGUUCUGUUGCUGGAAAAUUAAACGAUGAGUAUAAUUCAUAGAAUGUGAGCAAUUUUAGGAAAAAAGAGUUUUGUCAGGCAAGCCAGAUGUAAUUUUUUGUGACCAUUACAAGCCUGAUGAAGGUGAUUGUAAAGUGAUUUAUGUAAGGGGUAUUUGACACAGUGCACAUUCUUUUCAUUUAAAAUAACACUAUAUGGUAUCAAUAGAGGAUAUAUAAAAUGGAUUAAGAACAGCUAACUGUUUAGAGUACCUAAUGGCAUAGAAUUACCAUUGAACAGUGAUCUAAGCGCUCAGGCAUCACACAGGACUGUAAUAUAGAAUCGUUGGUGAUAGAACUUGUAAGCAAUUAACCAAAAAAGGCAGUCACAGGGAAUUCCUUGAUUUGUUAGAAAGCUUUGGGUAUUCAGAUGAAAAAAUUCUGUACCAUGGGCAAAGGAACUUGUAACAUGCCUUUAGCAUCUAAAAAUGUAGCUUAAAACUACAGGUUGGAGGGCUGUAUUCUGUAAAAUACUGACCUCUAAAAGUAUCUAGAGGCUAGUUACAGUAGUCUGUUCAAUCUGAAUUGCUAGGAGACUAUAGCAAAAAAUGAUUAGGUAAUCUCAUGAUGGAUGAGUGCAAGAAUAUUGCUUAAGAAUGAGUUAUUGAUGCUACUUCUUUAUAGCGUAUCAGGUAUUGUAUGCAAUUUUGGUAUCCUGAUUUUUAACUGAGGAUAGGAGGCCUUAUU